AUGCAGGGGUCGCGGAACCAGACCUACACAUCAGUCACACAAUCCAAGAACUCGACCGCAACCGGUGUCGGUAGAGCCACUGUCUACACUCAGUUGGUCAUCGUCGAGCUCAUCUACUUCGACAUUGUCGUCUUCACUGACAACUUCAUCGCCAAUCUCGACUUCAACACCGAUCUCGUCUUUCGCCACUCUUACAAUGUCCCAGUCAGGCAAUGGACAAGCGCCUAUCUCGUCUGUUAUUGUGCUGCCGCUCUCCUCAUCGCUUUUGGAGUCGUCGUCAUUCUACAAGUGAAGAAAAAGCAUGCUCGUGAAGCACAGGAGCGUCCCGCUGAGCCAGAUUUCGACUACUUCAGGAAUGACGGCAACCCCAGCUUCGGCGAACUCAACUUCACGACAGACGCGUCUGUCAGCAACAACACUCGCAACUCUUUCCAUGACAACCCAUUCUUGACCGAAAGCGAGAAAGCCAUUGUGACGCGAGCUGUCACGCCUGACGAGGAGCGAGACCCUCCCGUCAGCAACUAA